ACAUGAGGUUCAAGUGAGGCAUCUAGAUUGAGUAUUGGUCGGUUAGGGAUUUUUCUGCUAAAACUUGGUCAAUGCAGCGACAAUGGUUGUUUGUCGUGCUGCAACUAGUAUUUGUUGCUGCUGUUACCAGCGCUAUUACAGGUUGCUACACAUCAAUCAUCAGCUUCGGAGAUUCCCUCACUGAUACCGGUAACUUGAAUUUCAUUUCCCCACCACAGAGCCCCAAUUGCUUGGUCUCUCCCUAUGGAGAAACCCAUUUUCAACAACCCACUGGAAGAUGCUCUGAUGGCCGUCUUCCCCUUGAUUUCAUUGCUGAAUCUCUGGGGCUUUCAUAUUUGAAACCGUAUCUGGGUUUCAAGAAUGGCGCGGUGAAACAUGGGAAUAUUGAGCAGGGGAUGAAUUUUGCGGUUGCUGGAGCCACGGCGUUGGAUCGCAGCUUCUUUGAAGAAAAGGGGUUUACUGUUGAAGUAACUACAAACUACUCUCUUAGGGUUCAAUUAGAUUGGUUCAAGGAAUUGCUGCCUUCUCUCUGCAAUUCUUCUUCAAGUGAAGGCUGCAAAAAAGUUCUUCGUAGCUCCUUAUUUAUUGUGGGAGAGAUUGGAGGCAAUGAUUAUGGUUAUCCCUUGUCUGAAACAAGUGCAUUUGAUGAUCUUAGAACUUACAUACCCCAAGUAAUAUCUGUAAUUACUUCAGCAGUCAGAGAGUUGAUUGAUUUAGGGGCUGUAACGCUUAUGGUUCCUGGAAUUUUACCACUUGGAUGCAACCCUGCCUAUUUAACAGGGUUUGCAACUAUAGAUGAGGAGGAGUAUGACCAAGUUGGCUGUUUGAAAUGGUUAAACAUGUUUUUUGAAUACCACAAUGAUCUGCUUCAAACUGAACUAAAUCGGCUUCGAGUGCUAUAUCCUCGUACCAAUAUCAUAUACGCAGAUUAUUUCAAUGCUGCAUUGCAGUUUUACAAAUCUCCGGAACAAUUCGGGUUCAGUGGAGAUGUUCUCCAAGUUUGUUGUGGAGGUGGAGGUCCAUACAAUUACAAUGACACGGCACUAUGUGGCAACUCAGGGGUGAUUGCUUGUGAUGAUCCUUCACAAUAUGUUAGCUGGGAUGCUUAUCAUCUUACCGAGGCUGCAUAUAGAUGGAUUACCAAAGGUUUAUUAGAUGGACCAUACACCAUUCCGAAAUUUAGUGUCUCGUGUAUUACAGGUGAGACCGCCAGAGAUUUCAAUAACUAUGCAAUGAAAUAAAAAUCAAUGUAUUUCUCUUUUUCAAUGUAAAAAAAUCCUUUUAUAUGGUGCGGUUAAUGUACAAUAAUAUUACUUCUAA